CUAGGGUAGUAGGGCGGCGGGUGGAUUGCUGGCUAUGGCCGAGGUUCAGGCCCUGGCGGUGGAGAAGGAGCGGGAGGAGGAGGCGGUGUCGUGGAGCCCCGAGGUGGAGGUCUGCCUGUUCCACGCCAUGUUGGGGCAUAAGCCUGUGGGAGUUAAUCGCCAUUUCCACAUGAUCUGCAUCCGAGACAAAUUCAGUCAAAACAUCGGCCGCCAGGUCUCCUCCAAAAUAGUGUGGGAACACCUGAACGUCAUGUAUGACAUGCAAGCGCUGCAUGAGUCUGAGAUUCUGCCCUUCCCGAAUGGUGAGCGCAAUUUUGUUCUUCCCGAGGACAUCAUCCACGAGGUGAAGGAAGGGACAGCAGGAGCCGAAGAGGAACCGAAGGAAGAACAGAAAGAAGAGAUGUCUGAACAGCCUUCCCUGGAGGAGGGUAAUACAAAACCAUUGGAGAAGUCGGUGGCCAAAGAGAAAGGGCCUGGCUGUGGGGAACCUGGGGCCAAAGAAGUGAUUGACAAGCGGAAGAGGAACCGAGCCACAAGCCAACUGCUCAGUGCAAACAGCAACCCGUCCAGCCCGAGCGGGGCCAAACGCCGACGGGUAUAGACCCCACCUGCCCCUCCGCGGACCCCUAACAACACUCCGCAGCACUGCGAUUCACACUGAGCCUGAACUGUAGCUGAAUAAACCUGCUGCAAAAGUGCAACCAACACGGCUGCUGCAGCAGCAGCUGCUCCUCAAACAGCAGCCGGGAAUCAUGAGUGAUAACAGGCAAUGCAAGCCUGGCUCCAGCCUGAGCUCGUGUGCGGUGUCACCGAGCAGAGGGACUGCUGACUGACCCUGCCAUUGGGCUUCUGGUGACGGACACGCAGCUGAAAUCGGCCCCGCCCGCCAGGGCAGCUGUGGGCACUGAGGGAUGGACACUGGUGUAGUGUGACACAGCCUCAGCCUCACCUGCUCUCAGCCUCGCUGUGCGGUUCACCAGCUUGGAUCUUCAUGUUAGUUAUGUUCCGUGUGGCACAUAUGUUUUAAACGUGUGAUUUAUGUUUUUCAAACCCAUUUGUUAUUAAAGCCAGGUUCAAUCUC